AUGCAUUUAUUUGAAAAACUUUUACUCUUCCUUGCUUGUGUUUUAACAUUUUGUGCGGGCCAGAGGUAUACGCCAUCAUAUAAUUAUCCUGCUGCUCAAAGAAGAGCAGGAUAUUCUUAUACAUCUCCGCUGUCAUACAAUAGUGUAUCAUCAACGCCAGGAGCUACCUACAACAAAGCCAACUCGGGCUAUUAUUCGGGCAGCAAUCGUUCAAGGUAUCCUUCGAAAACGUAUUAUCAGCCAUCUUCAUCAGCCUAUCGAUAUGGCACACCAAGUUCUUAUCAUGCCACUAGAGGUUAUUCUGGAUCAUCAGGUACUGGAGGUUAUCCUAGUGCUGUAAGAGGUUAUAGCACUUCCCCUGCUUCCACUAAUAAUCGUUAUUAUAGCCAAGGCUCCACAAAGGAUUACCUUACAAACACCUAUAAUAGGGAUUACAAAUCAAAAGCCUCUUCAAAUGCCAAUAAACCCUCAAAGGAUAAAAGCCCAGAUCCUAUUAGCAAAGCCGAUGCAGAGAAUGCCAAAUUUGCUGGUGCCAGCAAUCAGGAGCAAGAAGACGAAUCAGCAAGAACUAAUUUGCAUUUUAAACGCAAGAAGCUGCUGAGAAGGCGCUUGGCAGCCUCCUCCUAUGGCAAUCGAUGUUUACCCUAUGGCCGAGAUGCUUCUUCGAUUAAAUCAACUGCCACGCCUCCUCCCAAGGAGCAAGGUCGUUUCCUAUUCGAUCUUAAUGUCUACAAUGUUUAUCCACAAACCUCCGUGGGCAUAGGCAAUGGUUGUGGCGGUUUUGGUGGUAGCUUUGGAGGUAGCUUCGGUGCUGGUGGUGGACUAUUUGGCGAUGCUUUGGGUUUUGGGGGCGGUGGUUUUCCUGGAUUGGGAGGAGGAGGUGGAGGUGGGGGCUUAUUAAGUGAUCCUUUAUCUGAUCCUGUAUAUCCCACCAAUUCAGGUCUGAACAACUUUUUGGGCUUGUGGGCUCCCGGUAUAUUACAGAAUGCCUUAGCCGUAACCGCAAGACCAUUGGCCGAUCCAGCUCCUUCACCAUCGACACAAGAGGAUGAAAGUGAUCCUGAAGUAGAUCCCGAUUAUCGUCCACCACCGCCUGUUCGUAGGCCGAGACCGAAUCGAGUUUAUUAUGAUUCUGCGGGAGCCUCUCCCAUUACACCGGCACAAUUGGUUGGUGGAGUGGCUACAACGGUCAAUGGUAUCAUACAACAGUUAACUGGAAAUGUUCAACCUGUCUAUCAGUCUUCCUAUAGACGUUCCUAUGGCUAA